AUGGCAAUAUCACCAAAGACAACAAUUCAAAUCUCCAUUAGACCAGCAGACUAUUACGACAUACAGGACUGUGUGAAUAUGAUGUGGGACGAUGUUUUAAAAGAAGAGGUGCCCGAGGGCCAAUCAGCCGAACAGUUAACACAUGGAUUAUUUUAUCAGUUCAGCUCUCGCCGGCUAUAUGAGAUAAAAGAAGGCGAUAAGUUGCUCGCUUUUGGCUUAGUACUAAUUAUAGGAGACAAUUACCACCUGGCAUUAUUCCAAUCGAGUAACCCUGGGCAGGGUUAUGGUGGAAGGUUAUUCGACAAAAUCUAUAAAGAUGCCCCUGCCUCUAUUACUCUUGGAACCCGAAGAGGGUCAAAAGCACUUGGGUUUUAUAUGCAUAAGAAGUCGCCAACCAAAAUAGCACGAUCCACUGACCCCGAGAUAACUCGGGUUCCGAUGAUAUGGUUACUUUUUGCCAAGAAACCAGGUCAAGAUUGGCCUGCUAUGUUCAAGGAUGGGCUGAAUAGCUCUAUGUCUCAAAGGCUAUUAUUGCUUCCAAUGUUGUUACGGUUCGGACUCUCACCAACUGCCAAUCAAAUGCUACUGCCCCGUAACGAACUGUAA